UCAGAAAUUCUUUCCUUCCACUUCUCUCUCCACCCCACUCGAGCCUCUCUGCCUUCUGGGCUGCGUUGGGGUUUAGUCGCCUACCUUCUCCAUCAGAACCCUCGGCCCAUCUGCCACCAUGGUUCUCUCUAACGACAUUGAUCUGCUGCAUCCGCCAGCGGAGCUGGAGAAGCGUAAGCACAAGAUGAAGCGCCUCGUACCGACACCGAACAGCUUCUUCAUGGAUGUCAAAUGCCAGGGCUGUUUCAACAUCACCACGGUGUUCAGUCACUCUCAGACCGUUGUCCUAUGUGGCUCCUGCUCCACGGUCCUUUGCCAGCCCACUGGUGGCAAGGCUCGUCUUACUGAGGGCUGCUCGUUCCGCCGGAAGGGUGAUUAGAGGGGCAAUGCGCUGCCUUGUGAUGGCUUGUCCUGAUUAGUUCCGGUAAAUGUGUCCUCGUUUCAUCAGCUGCCUAUAUGUGGCUGCCUUUCAUUCCCAUCUGAUGUUGGAUGUGUAAGGGAAAGAGUGGUAGCAAAUUGAAAAUGUAACGGCAGUAGGAAGUCAAUCAUUUGGCUCAUUUUCUCUGGCUUGUUUGACAGCUCUGCAAAAUGGACUUUUUAGUGUCAC